GCACCCAGCGUGCUUCCCGUUUCUUUCCCAAUGCUGGAGCAAAGAAGAGGCGGGCCAGGGCCGAGGACAGCCCACCCUCCCUCGCUGUGAGGGGCGCUUGCGGCGAGCCUCCAGGAAGGGCACUUGGGAGGAAGGUGAAAGGGAGGAGCGAAGAAGCAGCGAGGAAGCCCCAAGGCAGAGGUGGCCCAGGACUUCCUGCUUGCCAGCUUACUCCUGAGUAGGAUGGCAACUGUUAAGAUGCGGUAAAUCAUAACUAGCGAUGCAAAGCUGAUGAGCGGUCAGUGCACCCUACAGCAUCUCUUUCUGUCUGUCAAUGAAAAGAAGAUGGGUCAAAGAACAGAACAUCAAGGAACCAGCAUAACUGAAGAUCUCGCCAUAUGUUUAGACAGUGAUAAAGCCAACAGAGGGGGAAAAGCAGACAAAGUUUGUCGAGCCUUUCUCAAGAACCAUGUACUUUACGGGAUUGGAGGAGCCAUUAUCUUAACUCUCUUGAUGGCUGUGAUUGGCUUAGCAACGGCCUGGGCAGUUAGAGGUUCGGGAACUUGUUCAGUUUGUGAGGAGAUUGUCACUUACGCCUUGUGCCCCAAUGGAUGGAUUGGAUACCUGGGAAAUUGUUACUACUUCUCUGAAGAUGAAGCAGACUGGCUUUCUAGCCUGAGAAACUGCUCUGCACUAGGGGCCUCCCUGUCGACCAUUGAAACACAGCAGGAAAUGACUUUCUUGCAGCGUUAUAAGGGUCCUAUUUAUCACUGGAUUGCCCUGAAGAAAGAUCGAGGGAAGUCUUGGGAAUGGGCAAACGGAAGAGUUUUCAACAAUACAAUAUUCGAGAUUGUCGAAGGAGGGGACUGUGCCUACCUGAAUGACGAGGCAGUCAUGUCCUCGUGGUGCAGGACUAAGAAGAACUGGAUUUGCAGCAAGCCAGAUGCUUCUGUGCAGCGAAGGAAGCAGGCGGAAGAGAGAGGUGUAAAGCAGGCCUAUAUGGAUGGUGAAGUCAUAAAUGAGGACUUCAGCAGUGAAGAGCUCAAAGUUGUUCUGUAACUUGUAAAACAACACCUUUUGGUAUAUGAGGCAUCUAUCGCAUCUGCUUAAAUUUUACAGUGGAAAAAGUAUUUUUGUACAUUUGCUAGUUUGUUAGUUCUGUCCCCAGAGGAAAAGAUGUGGUUUGGGUUGAUCAUGAGGGUCCCCUUGAGCCCCAGGAACUAGAUUUCAAGAGCCUCUGUGGGCUGAAACAGGAGGGACGGUAGGAAAGCUCCACCCAUGUGUGCUGUGCUACACUUGUGAGUCAAACUAUUUUUUCUCAGAAAUGUUAUUUUUUUAUUUAAAAGUUUUGUUCAGUUCCAUCCGUUCAUGUGUUUAUUUGAUUAUUUAGAUUUAUUUAUUUAUAGUCCACCUUUCUCACUGAGACUGAAAGUAGAUUACUCGAUGUUACCAAUGCAUAUGGGAACAUUGCAAGAAAGCAAUCUUGAAGCAAUCAUAUGCAUGAAGACUGUUUUUGUGUGGUGCUUUAGUGGUGGGCACCUUUAGUGAAUGUGCACCUGAGCCCUGGAAAAACACCACACAAAAAGAAUAUUGAUAUGUCCACAUAUGCAGUCACAUGAAGGUUGUGUUUUCACAGAGUUUUGUCGGUGUGCACUUUAGUAGAAUUGGAGAGGGGGAGUACACAUGAACUAGAGGAAAUGAAAGCUGUGACAAAUUGUGCAUGCUCCAAUUCUGGAAUUAAGGGUGUUGUGUUUUUUUAAAAAAAAUUCUUAACCCUGCACAUGAGUAACAUAGCAAAACAAAAACUGUAUGAAUAAAUGGAAGAACCGGAAAGCAGCAACCUGUCCACACACCCAGGGCUGGGUACAAAACUCAGAAAUUAACUAUGCAGGAUUCCUAAGGCAUCAGUUCCACUUUGGAAACUUCUUGUUCUCCCCCACUCAUUGUUGACUGAAGAGCAUAGAUAGACUCUUGGUCCACUCAGGGCUGGUUCAGGGCAUUUAUCCCUCCAACCAAGGGAUAAUUGCCUCUGCCCAUGCCACAUCUGGAUGGAUCCAAGAAGUGAUGCUUGUCAGCUCUCAUGCCCAUCCUCCCCAGGAGCAAGCUGAGCCCCUGUGGGGCAUUACACCCUUCUCACUUAGCCUCCCUAAAACAGUCCCGUCUUUGGAGAGUUGGCCCUGGAUCCACUCCCAGUGUAAAGGAAUACUUACAGCACCAAUUCCUAUAGAUCCUUGGGGGGAUUUCACUGCUCUUUCCCACCACUGCAAAAAUUCUCCACUUACUCCUACUAUUUACUCCAUUUACUCCUAUCCUCCUCUUCUUGUUCUUUAGUCAGUGACUGAUCCAAAAGAGGAAGAAAACCUGCUUUCUUAACUUUUGGUGACCCCUGCUGGGGCUUUCAAGACAAAAGAUAAGCAGAGAUAGUUUGGCAUUGCCUGCCUCUUUCUCAGUGGCCUCCCAUCCAAGUACUAACCAGGGCUGACCCUGCUUAGCUUUCAAGAUCAAGGUUGGGAUAGCCUGGGCCAUUCAGGUCAAGUCAGUAGGAUUAGAAGGGUGUAACUUCGUUCAGGAUUGCAAGAUACUGGAAAGCAAAACCAGGAGCAUCACCACCUCUGAAUGAUACAGAGCGGAGAAGACUAGCAGUACAGCAGUACAGCUUAAGCAAUAAAGAUCCAGGCAAUUGAGAAAGAGAGGAGUUUGGUACUUUUAGUAGCAUCUUGUCUGGAUUAAUUGAAGGGGGUCAUCUUCUUCUCCCACCUCCAUCCCUGCAUAGCGAGGAACUGAAAGGGAAGUGAUGGGAGUGGGAAGGGAAAGGUGUAGCUAUUUGGGAAGGAAAUUCUGGAUGAGGGUUUUUUGCUUUCCAGAUACUCCUUUAUGAGAUAGGAGGGAUACACUUUCCGGACUUUUUCUUUUCUUCCAUGGAGAUUGACAUGAUAUAUAAGCAUUAUCUUUCUGGUUUAGGAACAUAUCCCACACCACCCCUUCUCCAAAGAGCUCAGAGCAACAUACGUAGCCCCGCCCCUUAUAUAACCCUCACAGCAAUCCUGUGAGGUAGACCAGAAUGUGAUUGAUCCAAGCUUCCUAGCAGUUUGGUGAACUACUACACCACAUUGGCUCACUAAUGAUAUGACAGUGACACUUGGAAUUCGAUUUACUUUAACUAAACCUUUGGAGGAUAAUCUGUAUCGUUGUGCAAAACAAUUGAGUUGGAAAGACAUUCCAGAAACCAUAAUUGUUUCUGUUGAUAGCAGGAAAGGUGAGAGAAAAGCAGUUCAAUAAAUAAAGAUAAAAUCUUCCUAAACUAAAGCAAGAGUGCUCAAAACUUUCCAGACCAAGAAAUAUUUUUAUAUGACAACAUUGUUUUCAUUUGCAUCAGGAAUACAAAACAUCCCGGACUUCAUCUAUAUCACAAAAGAUUUCAUUUGGCAAAUCCAUGAUAAGGAAGUAUUGCAGGAUUCAAAAGCAAUCUCAUUCCCUUUUAAGGUCCCGCAGGAAUUGAACUGGUCUUUCGCAGUGCUUGGUUCAGGCCACCUAAUGGAAAAGGCAGACACUGUUAGAUAUUACUGUGAUGCCUGAUUAUAUCAGAUUUUACAACCCUCACAUUUCUUUUUUUGCAGAUAAAAAGUGUAUUGGAGAAGAAAAAAAUAAUACAUUAAAAAGACACAAACAAUAUAUAACAGAACAUUUAAGCUAGAAAAUAUUGCUCCUCUCCAUCUCCUUACUUUAUAUUCCGCAUUUUAUAUUCAACAUUAUAUUCAAUAUUUAUAUUCAACAUUUUAAAAUACUAAUUUUCCAAUCAGUCUGCUUCCAUUAAAACUAUUCUUAGUUUUUCUUAAUUACCAGCUACAUAGUCAAAAAGAACUUUCCAUUGCUCUUGAAAUUCUAAGAGCAAGGCAAAAGGACAGGGGGAACGGUCCCAAACUCCAAGGCAAAGGCACACUAAGGACACGCCAAAAGACCGCUGCUGCAAUCCAAAGCUUUAUUCACAAAUGCCGGCUGCUCCCGGCGGGAGAUUGGCAACAGGUUUGCCGGGCUAAAUUGUCCCGUUUCGCUCACAGCUUCAUCAAAAGCCACAAAUAAAUUCUACAAUGAAUUAUACAAUACAUAUGUUGGUUACAUCACAAACUGAAAACAAUGUACAUUUUAUUUUAAACAGUGUAACAAAAUUUCAAUAAAGAUUGCAACAAAACAUUA